AUGAAACGAAGGAUCACCUACAUCCAGCGCAUCAAUGCGCCCUUCGAGCCCCAGCAAGCUGUUCUAACCAGCAAUUCCCUAUCUGUCCGCGACUUGGACGCCGCGCGGGAGGACCGCAUCACGGUCGGACUAGACGAGCUCCCACAAGAGCUACGCGCUAUCCUCGAGCAAUCCCAUGAGCUCCACCUCCGCUGGGCCUCCGAACGGUCCUACGAUGCCGUCGCACCUUUCGCCAGCCGGGUUUCGCCCGGUCUACAUGUGCAUUAUACCCCAUUGAAUGCAAAUGAGUCCCCGGAGUCAUUGUGCUCGCUGCUCCGCACGGUCGUUGGACCUGGAGAAGGUGCUCAAUAUAAGGAUUGUUCGAAUCCAGAGGAAUCCUUCGUUACACCCCCGCUUCUCUCGACGAGAUUCGCUUCGUCGGCUUCCUUUCAAUACCAUACUCGCCUUGAGUCACUACAAUCUCUCAACAAAUGGAUACGGGACUCAAUCUGUACACAGAGCGGAGAUGCUACCGAGUGUCACGCUCGUGCCGAUUCGCUUCUCUCCUCGGACAGCAUGGAUAUCGAUUAUGAUAGCAUUUCACAUGCCCUGACUGUGUCCGGUCUCUGGACCAGUUCCCCUAAAGGUGGCUGGACAGAGAAGCUCGAUAAGCCUGCUUCUGCUGCGGAUCAGCUUGAGAUCGGUAUCUUGGGUGCCGAGCCAGGGCUUGAGCCUGAGGAGAUUAAGAUGGGUGGCCUUUUGGCUGUUGUUGGAGAGGACAAGAAACUAAAACCAACCAUGUUCUCAUUCCCUUCCCGACACCAACCUCUACUCGAGCCCGCCAGCUACACAGUCUCAUUCACUCCCCCAACAGGUCUACAUCCAACAAUGUCCAUCUCAAUGCCCCGUUCAUCUCUGAGACGACCACCUGCCCCAAGCGAGGCAACCUGUGCACUCCACACAUAUUUAACACUCCCUUCCACCAUCUUCGGAGACCAAUACCAGCUCGGAACACCAGACAACCUCUUCCUCGAGUCUCAUAACCUGAUAGCGCUCCGCGCUCUGGCAGGCGAGAUGGAUCUCGAAGCCCCAGAUUGGGUCGUCAACCGCUGGGGCUCAAACUGGCUCCUUGAGCUGGCAACUCCACUCGAGGACUCAGCCAACCCAUCUGAUUCCUCAAACUGGACAGUCACAAUCCCCCUGCACCUCCGGUACCUCCCACCAUCAGAAACAGGGUACCGCACCGCAUAUGUCCCCUGGCCAGUCGUAUUCUGGGCAUGUACCUCAGAAGAAGGAACGAAAAUGGGCGUGAACCCUUUCGACCGCACUAAUCUAGGGUGGGACGGUCUUUUCGGUCCACGCACUGUGUUCUACCAGCUUCAGCCUACAUCAGAGCGCCUUGUAGAGGAUAUCGAGGUCCCUGUCCUGCGACUCGAAGAUGAAGGCUUGUUCCGAUCUAAGAAUAUCGAACUGGGAACCUGUGUGGUUAUCACGCUCGGCUUCUUCUGGGUAUUGUGGUGCCUCGCUCGUGUGGCUUGGUCGUCUGGUACUGGAUCGAAGCCAUCGAAGACUGUGCAUGAUAAGAAGGAAUGA